CGAUAAUAAAGAGAAAAAGAAAAAGAAAAAGAAAAAGAAAAAGAACGAAAACGAGAAAGAAAAGAACAAAAAUGAAAACGAGAAGGAGAAAAAGAAGAAGAAAAAGAAGAAAAAAAAAAACGCGGAGAGCAAAGCGAGCAAGAGAGACGUAAAAACACCGGAGAGAUGCCAACAAGGGAAAAAGUGCUCGUCCUUGGGAGGGACUUGUACGAGCGACACCAAGAGCUGCUCGAGGAUGCUCAUGAAGUACUGCGUCGGCGGCGGGUGUGGGUGCUGCCUCACGGGAUGUGCGGCCAAUUUCAAGAAGAAAUGCGGGAAAUACCACGGUUACUGCGCCAAGUCCUGCAGAAAGGGAGAACGCAUCAUAGAAAAAGGAUGUUCAGGGAACACUUGCGUUUGUUGCGCGCCGCCUUGUACGUUGCAACUCAAAUGCCAAUCGUACGGAGGGAAAUGUUCGCAAAGUUGCCAGGCGACCGACAGGAAGAUCAUACUGGGAUGCAAAAACCAAAGUAAGAAAUGCAAAUGUUGCGCCCCUGCUUGCAACAUCACCAAGUCGUGCCUGAUGGCUGGCGGAUACUGUGUCUCCAAAGUGUCAAAAUGCAAAGGAUAUGUAAACGCGGAAGGGUGUAUCGGCGACAGAUGCAUGUGCUGCUUGCCAGAUAAAGGCUCGGCACAACUAGUAGAAAGCGCCACGCAGUCCAACAUCAUCAGUGACCACGAGCUCGCCCCGUUGUACCGUUCGCUUGUAGCCUCCAAGAAAGUCAUCGCUUCUGCCACGAGAACCCUGAAGGAGCUCGAGAAAGUCCUGAGUGCGGCCAGAGAGGAGCCGGAGAGUUCUCCCAAAGUGGGUUUCGCGGUCGAGAAGCUAGAGUCCCUCGAGGAAGCCGUGAACAGAAGGAACUGGCUCCUCGUCACCAAGUCUUCGCUCGAGGUGGCCGACGCCCUGCCCGACGUAGCAGCAGUCACCCACAUGCUGAGCCAGAGCUGCGUCCUUGUCACUGGGUCCGAGCUGCCCUACGUCGUGUCCGAAGCCCAGCUCAAGGCACUCAGGAUUUCUAUCAGCAUUGGGAAUCAGCUGCAAGAUAUUAGUGAAAAGAUGGACGGUUCCUUCAAGAUCAGUAGCAGUAACGAAGAAACAAAACCUAACAUGAUUACGUUAACUACCCUACCGUACACGUCCUCCUCAAAGACCUAUAGUUCCACGAAAACUAACCAUAUUUCAAAUACCCCAAUGUCGAAUGAUAAGACGACCGAAAACGCCUCUACAAGCAAUCGGAGUAAUGCAGUCAAUAAGACCAUAAGCAUUACAACAGCCAAUAGCGAGACGUCCACGCCAGGCGCCGAAACGACGACCAGUAGUCAUAUCCCGUCUACUUCGGUCGUCAACAAUAUAUCGAAAGCAGGCAGUACUUCCAUCCUGAAUUUCGAAAACACAACAGCUACUCAUAUAUCAAGCACAGUCUCCAACAUUAGCAAUAGUCCCACAUCUACCAUGGCUACCUCAGAUGCCAACACCUCAGUGCCCUUUGUGACUCCAAAUAACAUUCCAACGCCCGUUUUGUCAACUUCCACAGAAGUUAGUUCGUCACUGAAUAGCAUUUCAGAAUCCCAAAGCGUGAUACCCACAACUUCUACUAAGGCACCUACCACACAUGAUGCUUUGAAUACUUCAUCAACGACAAAAUUACACCAACCUAACGGCACAUCAGAUACUAAUUCCCCAGUUACACAAACUAUAGUUAAUUCGAAUCAUUCAUCAGCUCCAAGCUCAACGACAGUACAAACAAUAAUGACGCUUAUGUUGAAUUCCUCAGUCACACACCAUCUAAAUGAAAAUGGUAACGUAUCAGAAACAAGCAUAUUAACCACUGCAGCCAACACAGGAAAUACUACUGCUAUUACUACUAGUAUGCAAAAUAAUGAGACCGAGCAAGCUACUACAACCAUGCGAUCUGUAAGCUCAAAUGAGGGUAACACAAAUGCAAGCUUAACCAUACACACACCCCAAACCAAUCAAUCAGUCACACAACCAACAAUGGAAACUAGCGAUUCAUCAAACGAAACUAUUUCUGCAGUUUCAACGCCCAGGCCUUCGCAGAUCGGCCGACCAUCUGACCUCCCAGAGAAUCUGACACAAGCCUUCGCCAACAUCAUCGCUGACAUUGCCAAAGACGUACUUAACGACGCCGUGUCAGAGGCGGGCGACAGGCUGAUGAAAUUCCUGCAAGAGACGGCAGAUAAGUUCCUGGAGAUGGUCAAAGACGGGGGAAUAAUCUGCAAGAAUGUAUGGAACGAGACGAACGAAGGGCAAGACGGAGUAACACCUGUCAUGAAUAACGUAACUAAUGCGGUAAUUCUCACUUCGAUUGGUAACACCAAUGGCAGCCUAAACGUUACAACUACCUCUCCAACUGAGUCAACACUGAACUCUUCCCUGUCUUUUAACAGAACAACGGAGCAAUUAUCAAAUAAGACCACCGACGACCUUCCAUCUAUGAACACAACGAAGACCCCUUUUCCGAAUACAACCACGAAUAAACACCCUGUCCUAGUUACCACAGGGACUCCUCUGCGCCUGAACGGAACUCCGACGGAAAACACUACUGUGGGGACUCCCGUACUAAACAAUAGUACGAACACAGCGCUAAAUAAUAUGACAGCGGAGUCUACUUUCAACGUUACAGUGAAGCCUCCCUUUGCGAAUAGUACUAUAGGUGUGAGUCUCACAGUGAACAAAACGUCUGUAACGACUCCAUUGCUGAACAAUACAACAAUGGUGGCUCCUUUGUUGAACGAUACCACAUUGGUAAGUCCUCUGCUGAACAAUACUACAGAAAAUAGUACGAUAUUGAUGACUGCUUUGCCGAACAAUACCACAGUGGCGACUACUUUGCUGAUGAAUACAGCAUUGGUAAUGGAUAAUACCACAGUGUCAAGUGCUUGGCUGAACAAUACUACAGUGGCGAAUCCUUUGCUAAAUAACACCGCAGUGUUGAAGAAUUCGACAGUGACUCCUUUGCUGAACAACGCCACAGUUUUGAACAAUACGACAGUGACGAAUCAUUUGCUGAACAACGCCACAGUUUUAAACAAUACGACAGAGACUCCUUUGCUGAACAACACCACAGUUUUGAACAAUACGACAGAGACUCCUUUGCUGAACAAUGCCACAGUUUUAAACAAUACGACAGUAACUCCUUUGCUGAACAACGCCACAGUCUUGAACAAUACGACAGAGACUCCUUUGCUGAACAACGCCACAGUUUUGAACAAUACGACAGAGACUCCUUUGCUGAACAAUGCCACAGUUUUGAACAAUACGACAGAGACUCCUUUGCUGAACAAUGCCACAGUUUUGAACAAUACGACAGUGACUCCUUUGCUGAACAACGCCACAGUUUUGAACAAUACGACAGAGACUCCUUUGUUGAACAACGCCACAGUUUUGAACAAUACGACAGUGACUCCUUUGCUGAACAAUGCCACAGUUGUGAACAAUACGACAGUGACGACUCCUUUGCUGAACAACGCCACAGUUUUAAACAAUACGACAGUGAAGCCUCCCUUUGCGAAUAGUACAAUAGGUGUGAGUCUCACAGUGAACAAAACGUCUGUAACGACUCCAUUGCUGAACAAUACAACAAUGGUGGCUCCUUUGUUGAAUGAUACCACAUUGAAUGCAACAGCCAUGAAUCCCCCAUUCCUGAACACCACGGCAGAAAGUCCUCCGUCUGUGAACCUGACAACUAACCCUCUUUUGGGUGGCUGAUGAUGCAACUACUCAGUCCAAGAAUUUGCCAAGAACUACAGAACCGGAAAGUACAUCGCCGGGGAUUCGAAAUGGAACAAUUUCCUCCACGAGUGACCUUACUGACAACAGGAAAGAAGUUACUGAAACAUUUCGUGAAGAAACUGAAACCUUACUUCAGGAUAAUUUUACUAAAGCCACAGUUUUAGAUCAAGAAAACUUUACAGAAGUCGCUUUUCAAGAAAGAAAAAGAAAACACUUUGAUCCAUGGGACCCUCACUUUCAAAGAAUUUAUAGAAGGAAUUCCUGAUGUUUCAAAAGAGGAAGUUACUGAGGUACAAACUUCAGAUCUAAUUGAAGACGUUUCAGAAGCUACACCUUCAAAUGGAAAAAAACCUUACUGCGGCCGCUUCAGCUAGAGAAAGACUUCAUAAAUCCACUUCAGAUAUAUAAAAAAAAUGUCGAAUCCACAACAGACACAAAGUUUGAAGAAGCCACAAGCCCUGGCUUUGAGAAAAAACACUGAAACCAAAAAUCUGCAAAAAACAAGUGUAGCAACAACUUUUGGUUCAGAAAAAACUUACUAAGGACGUACAGGUUUCAGUAUCCAUGUCAGGCAUAGAUAAAACUACUAAAGCCUCAUUCUUCUAUAUAGAAAACUUUACUGAUAUUUCACUUUCAGACCAAGAAACAGUUACUAAUCACACAAAUUCGGACCUAGAUAAUAUCACUUCGUCAUCAAACUAUUAAAAGGUAAUGAACUGAAAACUCGUGAUCUAGAAGCUGAAGCUGGAAUCCAUAGCUGUUCAAAAGGUCAUUGAAGCUUCAACCUCUAAACUUGGAAAAGCUGCUGAAGAAGAUUUUUGAAGAUGCCACUGAAAUCACAGCUUCGGGACUAUUAAAAAUUACUCUGGCCACAACUUCAGAUUUAGGAAAAGCCACUGGAGCCACUUCAGAUCUAGAAAAAUGAUUUUGAAAAAUAUGCUGGUCCUAUAACUUCUGAUAUAACGAAUGUUAUGAAAGCCUCAUAUACGGAAAAAAAAAUAAUCAGAACCAGCAACUUCAACUAUAGAAGAAUGUUACCAAGGUGUAGAAAAUGUUACAAAAAUUUCAGAUUCAGACCUAGGAACAAGUAGUAGUGAUAUAAACUUCAGAUAUAAAAACUAACACUUUAGGUCAAGGAAAUGCUAGUAAAACUUCAGCAUCAGUUAUUUAAAAUUUGAUCGAAGCCUCAACUUCAGAAUGAUCAGUAAAACUUCAGCUUCAAUUCCAGAAACUGCAAAUGAUUAAUGAAUCUUCACCGUCCGGAAUCUAGAUAAUGUCCCUGAAGCUUCAACUUCAGACCUAGGAAUUAUCAGUAAAACUUCAGUUCCAGCUCGACGAAAUAACACUGAAACUUCGGCUUCAUAUAUGAGAAAUGUCAGUGAAGCAACACUUUCAGAUCUUCUUAACGUUAGAAAAGGGGUGAAAUGUACUAAAACCACAACUUAAGAUCUUGAGAACACUAAAACCAAUGUUUAAAAUGAUAAAAAAAAAUCACUGAAUCUUCAAAGUUAAGUCAAGAGAAAAUUUCUGAUACCGAGGCUGGUAAAUCACGAUAGGUGUGUAAAUAUCAUAUCAAAUUUAUAUACAGAUAGAGCUAAACCUUCACUCAGAAUAUAAAUGAACAUAGAAAUGAUUACUGAACUUAAAACUUAUGAUCUAGAAAUUGUUCCUGAAGCCACAACUUAAAAAAAAAAAAAAAAAAAAAAAAAUGGACGCUUUAACUUCUCACUUUAAAAAAAGUCAUGUCACUAUCUUGUCCCAAAAUCGUAAUUAAACCAAUAAUCAGAUAAUCAACUCAACUAAUAAAUUACUAUAUCUUACUUUAGGAAUAUUCACAGAGGAAAAGAGAAAAUAAUGAAAGGAAAGUUCGUUGGCGGUCAUGGUAAAUACAAUGAUGUUCUCUAUAACUGCAAAUUCACAGACCACGAAUCUUCAUCUUCGCCAACAUUAUGAGGAAUAUAUGCUGGAGAAAAAAAUGGACAUCGCGAGGAGGAAUUGCCUUCACGAUGAUUUAUUUCUUUGUUAAGAAGAGCACACAUUGGUUAAAUUUUACAGGAAUAAUGUUCAUCAAAAUAUCGUGGACUAUGAAAUAAUUGGUAUUUAUUUACUUGGAUAGUACGACUGUGCAUAUAUUUUCCUUGUAAAUAUGUUUGAAUACGAUAAAUACAUAAAAAAUAUAUAUUAUGAGAAAGUGAAAUAUA